AUGGAAGCGGCGAACAGAUUGAUAUCCGCGGCGUUGAAAGCCGCCGACAAUAACACGGUCAUAAACGUCUUCCUGAUCGGAGCAUUCGUGGCUCUCGGCGCGCGAUCAAGCUACCAGCAACGUCAACUUGAUGCUCUCGAGGCGGAGAAAGCUUCGCUGGUCAGUUCCAACAAAUCAAUGAAGAAAUCUAUGUGGGACUGGAAACAGCAGCUCUUCGCUGAAGCCUCCGCUGGCUCGUCUUCCAUCCCUCUCGCCAGACUCCAGGCUAUUUACGGCUACUCGCCCGCGCCUCAACCAACUGGUAAUGCUAGGGUUUUUUUUAUGAUGUCCAUUGUCGUCGGAAAUCGGAUUGCGCUGCCGUUGCAGCGUGAAGAGUUCAAUUUGUAG